AUCGAGAGUGAGCAUGAGGAUCUUGUAUAAUGAGCUCUAUGGAUAAAUACACCAAAGUGAACAAAAUUGGAGAAGGAUCAUUUGGAAAAGCUAUCCUGGUGACCUCCAACGAAAAUGGCAGACAAUAUGUUAUCAAAGAAAUCAGUAUCUCUCGGAUGUCCAACAAAGAGAGGGAAGAGUCAAGGAGAGAAGUUGCUGUUCUGGCCAAUAUGAAACAUCCAAAUAUUGUACAGUAUAAGGAAUCAUUUGAAGAAAGUGGUUGCCUUUACAUCGUCAUGGAUUACUGUGAAGGUGGAGACCUUUUCAAACGGAUUAAUACACAGAAAGGAAUUUUAUUUCCUGAGGAGAAGAUCCUAGAUUGGUUUGUGCAAAUCUGCUUGGCACUGAAACAUGUGCACGAUAGAAAGAUUCUCCACAGGGAUAUCAAGUCACAGAAUAUCUUUCUGACCAAAGAUGGGACGGUUCAGCUGGGAGAUUUUGGAAUAGCUAGAGUACUCAACAGCACCGUGGAGUUGGCACGGACUUGUAUUGGCACACCGUACUACUUGUCCCCAGAAAUAUGUGAAAAUAAACCGUACAACAACAAAAGUGAUAUUUGGGCUUUGGGCUGCGUCCUAUAUGAGAUGUGCACCCUCAAACAUGCUUUUGAAGCCGGCAACAUGAAAAAUCUAGUACUAAAGAUCAUCCGUGGAUCUUAUCCACCAGUUUCUGUUCAUUAUUCUUAUGACCUACGUAACUUAAUGUCGCAGUUGUUUAAGAGAAAUCCAAGGGACAGGCCGUCAGUGAGCUCCCUACUGCAGAAACCAUUUCUUGUUAAAAGAGUCGACAAGUUGCUUUUGUCUGAUCUUAUUGUGGAAGAGUUUGGUCAUGCGUUUGGACAUCAUGCUUCAAAACCAGUUAUUCCCAAUGCAGCAGUAAAAAGACCAGGCCCAGUCUCGGGAUCCAUUGGACCUGCGCAGAAAAUCACCAAACCAGCAGCCAAGUACAAAGUGCCACUGACAGUAAAAUCCGCAAUGGCCGCUAAAAAACCUGAGAAGAAAUUGCUAAUGAAACACAAACAGGCACAACCUACUCCAGUGAAGAAAAUGAAUGGAGUGAAUGAAAGGAGGAAAAUGUUUGAGGAAGUGUUCAAAAAGAAAAAACAGGAACAGAUUGAACGAGAAAGGAAGCAGAGGGACCAGAUGAAUUUGCUGAAAGCUGAACAGAUGAGAAGGAUGGAGAAAGACCGGAUGGAAAGAAUCAACCGAGCCAGAGAACAAGGAUGGAGGCACGUGCUUGGUGUCAGUGGUUCUUUGGGAAGUGGCGAACAUAAGGUUCCCUUCUCUGGGGGUGGAGGUGGAGGCUCGGGAGGCAUCCUGCCAGCAGCUAACAAUGGGCAACGCUACGAACAUUAUCAUGCUAUCCUCGACCACAUGCAGCAGCAGAAGGAAAACAUUAAAGUUUUUGAGGAGAAAGGCCUAAAGUGGAACAUGGAGACGCCGCCUCGGGAACGUGUUCACGGUGGGGUGUCAGCAGCUGCAGGCCCUGGGAUUCCGAAUGGAGCAGGAUGUCUCCACCAGCUGCCUGAUGCAGAAGCAAUCAGAAGAGAAGUAAAGAGACUUGAAAAUGUAGCCAAGCAUGCAAAUGUCUACAGGCAACGAGGACAUGCAGCAGCAGAACGGGCAAAACAAGUCGAAGAAUUUUGGCAGCGCAAGCGGGAAGCAUUGCAGAAUAAAGCCCGUGGUGAAGGACACUUGGGGAUCCUGCAAAACCUGGCAGCUAUCUAUGGAGGCAGGUCCAUUUCAACAGGAAGAGGAAAAUCCAGAACAAAGGAGGAAGAGGAAUAUUUGGGGAGGCUCCGACAAAUAAGACUUCAGAACUUCAAUGAAAGGCAGGAAAUUAAAGCGAAACUUAGAGGAGAAAAGUGUGACAGUGAUGGUUCUGAUGGACAGGAAUCCAGUGAUGAGGCUGAAUUCAAACGCAAGAAAAUUGAAGCACUUAAGGCUCAAGCCAACACACGAGCAGCAGUGCUUAAAGAACAGCUUGAGAAAAAGAGAAGAGAAGCCUACGAAAGAGAAAGGAAGGCCUGGGAUGAACAUCUUGCAGCUAAAGGAUUUAAGCAGCCAGUUACAGCUGCAUCUUCAUCCUCUUCUCAAGGAAGGCAAGGAUCAGCCCCAUCUUCCAAACCUCAAUCACCAGCAAAAUCCAGCACUCCAGCUAUUUCGAUGACUGCUGCACUGAAAGACGUGGGCAUUGCCAAAGAAACAUCAACGCCUAAGGAAAUCUCAGAGGAAAUUAAGAGGUCUAGCUCUACUACUAUUCAGAAGGAAAAGCAAGAUAUUUUACGCAGGUUAAAUCAAAAUAUUAAAACUCAAGAUAGUCCCGAUUCAGAUGCAGGGGACAAGGGGACUGUGUGGCAAGGGGACAGUGCUGUGACUUCUCCCGGAAAUGGCCCACAACCUGAAGCACAGUUGGAGGAUGGCCCCCAUUUGGCAGGGGAAAGGAAAAAAUGGGAAGCAGAGCCUCCGCCCGUAAUUCCUCUCGCCCAACUAACACUUGAAGACACCGGCUCAGAGAUAAACUAUGAGACAUGCCAGACGUCUGGAGAAGUUAUUAAGUUGUAUAUUAAAGAUGAACCUCGCAAAGUAUGGGAGAAAGAACCUUCUGACACAGUUUUGAAAGUGUUGGGGGAAGCAGACUUACAAAUUCAGACGGGGAUGCUAAUGGAUACCAUAACCAUUGAAAACAAUGCAAAAGGCCCCUUGGCUGAAGUUGACCAGGCGCUCACAGUGGUGAUUGAUGAAGGGAAAGGCACUGAUCAAAAGCCAUUGAGUAAAACUUUUGAAGCUGCUUUGGCCGGUACUGAUCAGACAUCCAUUGCAGGAGUCACGAUGGAAAUUAAAAUCAUAGACCUUUCAAGAGUGGAAAUUGUGCAGACAAGGGAAGAAUCUAUUCCAACAUUGAAACCAUCAGUGUUUGAAGACAAAAUAGAAGAACCAGAGGAUUUGGAAACAGAAGCACUUGACGAAGGAGUGCACUUGAACAGAGAUAACGUCUCGAUGGCCCCAAUUACUGUUCAUGCAUGGGAAAAAGAGAGCGAUGCGGAAAGAUUACUAGAUGAUGCUGUCUCCCAACCAGAAAAAUCGCAGGAGCCUCCUGUACUCGCUGAGGAAAAGUCAAUCGAAUCAUUAGGGUCCAAAGUGAACACUGCAGAGGGUUGUGCUAGUGAAACACCAGAAAGCGAACCAUUUUUCCAUAAGUUGCCACCUUUGCAGGACAGAAAAGCCAUGUUGAUGAGAGAAUCCUCCCAGGAAGACACACUGGGAUCCAAGCCAUUGUUUUGGUCAUUAUCUCCAGCAAAUUCCAAAGGCAAACGAUCUCUGUUGAUUGGGCUGUCAACCGGAUUGUUUGAUGCUAACAACCCGAAGAUGCUGAGGACCUGCUCUCUCCCUGACCUCAAUAAAAUGUUCAAGACAUACAUGGACGACAGUGUACCAGAUGCCCCCGAGGAUAAUCUUGAACUAGACGAUAUAGAAGAUGAGCCCAUCAAGGACGAGUAUCAUUCUGAUUCCGACACCUUGUUUGGAGAGGCGGACACGGAUGAUCUGCAGGAACUUCAGGCAUCCAUGGAGCGUCUGUUACAUGAGCAGCCCAGUGAAGAAUUCAGUGAAGAGGAAGAGGAAGUUGCUUCCAAUUCAAGUCCUCCCGAGGGAAGUGUUUAUAAUGUGGAGUCCUCGAUGAAUGGUGCCGAGGGAGAAGAAGAUGAAAACCCAGCAAGUAGUAGUGACCAAAGCGCUAUUCAUGAAGAGUGGCAUUCAGAUGACAGUGAGGAAGACGUUGCGGGUGAAAGUGCCGAGUUUGACAGUGUUUUCAGCAGGCUUGAAGAACUGCGAAUGACUCUGGAGCAAGAAAUGGGCUUUGAAAACUUCAUUGAAGCUUACAACAAAGUUAAGGCAAUACAUGAGGAUGAAGAUGAAAACAUUGACAUAGGCACUCCUAUAGUCCAAGUCAUUCUGGGUCCUCAGUUUGAGCACUUGUACUCAAAAAUCCUCCACCUUGUUAUGGCAGAUGGAGCUUAUCAAGAAGACAAUGAUGAAUAAAAAACCGACACUUGGGACCCGUCUUACUGUGGGAUGUUUUAACUUUCAAGCCUACGCUGUCAUUUGAACAACGUUUCCGAGGAAAACCUUUCCAUCUCAAAUACGUGGAUGCAAGUUAAAACACACAAUGUAAAUGGGUCUGCAUGGAUUUGGUACAAAUCGGUACAGUUUUAUUUUGUGCUUCCUUCCCCAGAGUUCCAUUUUGCCUUUUUUUUUUAUUUUGGCAGAAGUCUUCUGCAGAAUUUUACCUUUCAUAAUUCUCGGUGUUGCUGUUAAAGAACAAUGUUUGCAUAUACUACAGAAUUCUCUGACCAAAGUAUGCCCUUGAGCAUCACAAGUUGAAGAGUUAGAUAUAAUGGAAUUGGUUAUAGAUUCUGGUGCAGCUUAAACACUGGAAAUUUUAAUUUGUGUUCUACAACAGGGUGACCUGUUGUGCAGGAUUCCUGUCUAUUCAUCAAAAUUUCCGUGCAACAGAACACUAACAUGGAGAUAGACUUGUAAGUUGUAAUAUAGGUACAGUUUCUUGUACAGUACUUCAAAGUACAAAGUUCACGUGUAUUAUAUCUUUAUAAUGAUUAGUAAUAAAGAUUCUUUUAUACAUUAAAA